GUCGCCGAGCUGCGGUGAUAUUUCAGGUCAGCUCGGAGGGUUUUUGGAGGUCGGAGAAUCAUGGUUCUGACGGUGAUCCGGUCCGUUAUCCCGUCCGGAGCUGCAGCGUUCAGAGCGGCCAAUGUUGCCCAGAAGGCCGGCGUCCACACGAGCUCGGCGAGGAGGCUGGAGUACGGCUGGUGGGCCUUCGUUCUGGGCGAGAGGACGACGCCGCGGCUGAAGUGGAACAGCAAGAUCAUCUCCGUAGAGGGAAACUUGGCCUCGGGGAAAGGAGCCUUGGCCCAGAAGCUGGCCGACAAACUGGGGAUGCUCUACAUGCCCGAGGCCGACACCUACUACCUGGACAGGAUAAACAAAGAGAAGGAGCCGCUCCACACCGACUUCAACGGCAUGUGCAGCCUGGAGAAGUUCUACAUGGAUCCCAAAGCCGCUGACGGAAACAGCUACCGGCUGCAGCGGUGGAUGUACAACAUGAGGCUGCUGCAGUACUCGGACGCCAUCGAGCACUUGCUCACCACAGGCCAAGGAGUGAUCCUGGAGCGUUCCCCGUUCAGCGACAUGGUCUUCCUGGAGGCCAUGUCCCAGCAGGGCUACAUCAGGAAGGAGUGCGCGAACCACUACUACGAGACCAGGCACAUCAGCAUCUGCGAGUUCCUGCCUCCACAUUUGACCAUCUACAUCGACCAGCCGGUGGAGGAGGUGCAGAAGAAGCUGAAGCAGAGCGGCAAGUCCUAUCUGCAGAACGUACCUCUGGCUUAUCUGAAGUGCAUCGAGGACACCUACAAGAAGACCUUCCUGCCCGAAAUCGAAGAAACGUCGGAGGUGCUGGUGUACAACACGACCCAGGCUCAGAACAUCGACAAGGUGGCCGAGGACUUCGAGUACCUGAAGUUCAACAAAGGCCCGUGGCUGAAGCAGGACGACGUGACCUACCACCACAUGAGGAUCCUCGUCGAGGACAAACACAAUGUGGCCUCGUUGACCCUCGCACCGCGGUACCUGCCCGAGAUCGUCAUCGGGGGCAACGACUUGGACGACAAGCACGAGGCCUACAAGUCGCUUCCGGGGAAGAGGUACGCCCCCGGCUACAACGCCGACGUCGGAGACAAGUACAUCUGGCUGAAGUGAACCAUCUGCUCUGCUGCACAUCCCUCAUAGUCUGUAUGUAUUAAAGAAUAGAUGUUGAUCCAACGCCGGCCUCCGUGUCUCAGUGACUCCUCUGCUCACUCAGUCUGAUUUACAAGGUUUGUUUCCUCACCUGAAGACUUGUGACGCCAGAAAACCUCCGAAGCUCAGAGGACGAAGAACAGAGACGAGUAAUGAUGAUAAGAUGAUGUAAACAAAUAAAUAAAUAAAAAUCCAUAUAUUCCAGGAA